CCCGCUCGCUCCGGUGCAGCCCCGCCAUGGCGGGCGGCCCGGCCGCGCUCGCCCUCGGUGUCCUGCUGGCCGCGUGCCACGCCCUGGACAACACCACGGCUGCCCAGAACGCUCCGGUGGCGGCGGCGGUGAGGUCGCACUUCAACGAGUGCCCCGACUCGCACAGCCAGUUCUGCUUCCACGGCACCUGCCGCUUCCUGGUGCAGGAGGACAAACCCGCCUGCGUGUGUCACUCGGGGUACGUGGGGACACGCUGUGAGCACGCUGACCUGCUGGCCGUGGUGGCAGCCAAUCAGAAGAAGCAGACGAUCACGGCCCUGCUCGUGGUGGCCGUGGUGGCCUCGGCACUGCUCGUCACCGUCUGUGUCCUGCUCCACUGCUGCCACCUGCGGAAGCGCUGCCCUGGGUGGUGCCGCGAGCACGGAGCCGGCCAGGAGAAACCGGGGGGGCUGCUCAAGGGGGGCUCCUGCUGCCACAGCGAGACAGGUGUGUGACAGACCCGGGAGCACCUGGGGACCCCCAGGAUCGGCCCCUCCCCCCUGCUCUGCUUCAGAUCCUUUUUGGGGCCUUUUCCCCUUUUCUGGCGUUUUCCUGGGAUUUUUUCCUUGGCUUUGGGGGCGUUUUCCCGGGAUUUUCCCCCCUUCCCAAAUAUUUGGGUUUUAAACCAAAACCCCUGCCAGGAUGGGGCUUUAUUUUUCUAUAGAGAAAAAAAAAAAACAAAAAAACAAAACCUCAGCCCCAGCUCGUUUUUGGGGACAAAUCCCAGCUUUUGAUGAAUAAUAAAUGAAUUUAAAUCCCAGGAAACCUCCUCAGGCUGGAGCUCCAACCUCUGGCACAGCCUUAAUUUCCCCUUAGUCCUCCUCAUAACCAACCCAGAGCUUUUCCCUCUGUUUUGGGGUUGUUUUGGGUUUUUUUGGGUUUUUUUUUAAGUCAUGGUUACUCUCAUGUCUUCUGUAUAUGUUGCACUGAAAGUUAAUAUUUAAUGUUUUAAUUUAUUUCGCGUGGUUUAAAUUAAUUUUGAUUCCUAUAAAGAUGUUCUUGUCACGG